AUGGAGUGCUUAUUAUGUGGUGUAACGUCUAGAUUGGAAGAAAUGAUCCGUUAUAUAUCUUUAUGUGGUCAUGGAUUUCGAGUUGAGCGAGUAGAAGAGGUUGUUUAUACGUUAUUGGGCUAUACUUUGAUUUGGUCGCAAGAAAAGGUAGUUUAUACAAGUGAGAUAAGCGGAUGUGGUGAAGAGGGGGAGAGUUCUUAUCUGAAAGUAAUAUUUCCUGCUGAUAAGAGUAAGUCUAGGAAGUCUUUAACUCGUCGGGUGAUUAGGAAUAAAGUUUGGCAAGCAGAAGGACUUAUUGGUAUUCUUGAGGGAAUUGGCUGUCAAGAUAGACGGGAGAGGAGUUAUACAAGGAAGGUUUAUGGGUUUAAAGGGGCGGAAGUGAUUAUUGUUCAGAAAGAGAAUGAGCAGAUAGUAGUAGUAAGGGCGCAACAGAGUCAGGAUGGUGAGGCUGUUCUAGAAGAGGUCAAAGCUAAGUUAAGUAUUUGGAUAGAUUUAAUCAUUCCUCCAGAGGGUAUCUGGCCAUUACUCUUUUAA